AUGUUCAUCCACUGUUCACUGGCUUUACUGAUGCUUGCAAUGACUUUACAAAGUCAAGCUUAUGUGGUCAAAGCCAUAGUUGGUUAUGAGGCCAAACCACACAGCAGGCCGUAUAUGGUGCUUGUUGAGAGGAUAAUGGAGAAUAAUGAUAUAAAAUACUGUGGGGGAUUCCUUAUCCGUGAUGAUUUUGUGAUGACCGCAGCCAACUGCCAGGCCAAGUCCCAUAAAGUUUUCCUUGGGUUACACAAAUACACAGGGAACUAUGAAAAAGGGUCUGUGAAGAGAGCUUUUCUACAUGAGAACUACAAUGAACAGUAUUAUUUAAACGACAUAAUGCUGCUGAAGUUGUCCGAAAAGGCAGAGAUUACCAAAAAUGUACAACCUAUUGCUCUGGCGGACAAGGAAGAUAGCUCUCUGCCAAAUUCCUGCACAGUCAGUGGUUGGGGGAAAACUUCUGAGAACUCUCUCUUGUCCGAUACACUGAUGGAGGCCAGUGUCACACUCGUUGAUAAUGAACUGUGUGUCAAAGAAAAUGUAUACUGUUCUAAAGGAGGAAUCGGACCAAUGCAGGGAGAUGCCGGAGGUCCAUUAGUCUGCGAGGAUGGAAAGGCAUAUGGAGUGGUGUCUGCAAUACACAAGACUGAGGGUUCCAUACUGUAUAGGUACACAAAGAUACCUGAUAGCAUUGAUUGGAUUACUUAUAUAAUUCACAACUGGGGCUGCUCAGUGCUCUUGCCUUGCAGCAAGAAGGGUUCAGUUCCAAGCCCGGGGUCCUUCUGCAUGGAGUUCGAAUGUUCUCCCUGAGCAUGCGUGGGUUCUCUCCGGGUACUCCGGCUUCCUCAUACAGUACUAAUACAUGACUGUUAGGUCAAUUGGCUCCUCUAGAUUAUCCUUAGGUGU